AACUCUCUUCACUUUAAUCAGUACGGAAUUAUUUUGGUGUUGCACACAACAUCCGUAUACGACAUGUGUGCAUCAAAACAUAACUCGGUCGGCUUUUUAAAGGUUCUACAUAUUGUUGAAAGCAGACUGUGUUGAAGCUCAUUUUGCUCCUUCUGAAUCAUGAGUGGCUCAAAGCCGGACAUCCUGUGGUCUCCUCACCACCCGGACCGCUACGUCAUCUGCGACUCUGAACUAGGACUGUAUCGCAUUGGGCCUGUGGGUGGCACAGAAACAAAGCCUGGCACUCUGCCACUCUCCGAAGAAACUGCUGCUACUUUAUUGGCUAUAAACUCUGACACCCCUUAUAUGAAAUGUGUGGCCUGGUACCCGAAGCACGAGCCUGAGUGUUUACUUGCAGUGGGACAAGCUAAUGGCAGAGUUGUGCUCACCAGUUUGGGCCAGAGCCACAACUCUACAUGUAAAGAGCUAGUGGGGAAAGAGUUUGUGCCCAAACAUGCGCGACAAUGCAACACUUUAGCCUGGAACCCUGUGGACAACAACUUACUGGCUGCAGGGCUGGACAAGCACAGGGCCGACUUCUCUGUUCUUAUUUGGGAUAUUAGCAGUAAGUUCGCCCCAGAGACCAGCGUAGCAGCUGAGAAAAUCCGUAUCUCAACUGUGGAUUUGGAUUCAAGCAUGGUAGUGACUAAGCCAUUGUAUGAGCUUGGCCAAAACGAUGCUUGUUUGUCUCUGUGCUGGUUGUUUCGAGACCCCAAGCUGCUCUUGGCUGGUAUGCACAGGAACCUUGCAAUAUUUGACCUGAGAAACACCAGCCAGAAGAUGUUUGUCAACACCAAGGCCAUCCAGGGCGUGACAGUUGACCCACACUUCCACGACCGUGUAGCCUCCUUCUUUGAGGGGCAGGUGGCUAUCUGGGACUUGAGAAAGUUUGAGAAGCCUGUGCUCACACUUACAGAGCAGUCUAAACCUCUUACCAAGGUGGCAUGGUGUCCAACUCGUACCGGCCUUCUGGCCACGCUCACGCGUGACAGCAACGUCAUCCGCCUGUACGACAUGCAACACACUCCUACGCCCAUCGGGGAUGAAACAGAGCCCACCAUCAUCGAGCGGAGCGUGCAGCCAUGUGAAAGCCAGAUUGGCAGCUUUGCCUGGCACCCCUCCUCUCAGAACCGCAUGGUGGUGGUGUCCGCGACCAACCGAGUCAUGACUGAUUUCACCGUGUUCGAGCGCAUCUCUCUGGCCUGGAGCUCCACCACAUCACUCAUGUGGGCGUGUGGGAGACACUUAUACGACUGCGCCGAGGAUUCGGCCGAAGGAGCGGAGAGCACCGUUGAGAAAGACAUCGCCACUAAGAUGAGGGAGCGAGCUCAGUCCAGGUACGGACACGACACUCUGCAGGUGUGGAGAAACCACCUGCUGGCUGGAGGGAAUGACCCCCAGCUCAAGUCCUUGUGGUACGAUCUGUCCUAUAUGAAGCAGUGUGCAGAAGACAUGGAACUAAAGCUGCAGGGGAACAAGCAGUCGUUGGUUUAUUCUGGUAUCAAGAACAUCAUCAGAACCAGCUCCGGCACCACAGAGAGCCGCCGCUGCUGGAUCGGCUCGGACCGGCAGACAGACGUGCCGCGCUUUAGCAGUGAGGAGCGCUGCCUCGCCCUGCGGCUCUGUGGCUGGAUCAGCCGGGGUCCUGACAUCGACGUGGAGACCUUCCUGCGAUCGCUGGAGCAGGAACGCGAGUGGGAGCGGGCGGCUGCCAUUGCUCUGUUCAACCUGGACAUCCGCCGGGCCAUCCAGAUCCUCAACAAGGGAGCCACUAUGGAGAAGGGUGACCUGAACCUGAACGUGGUUGCCAUGGCGCUGUCCGGCUACACCGAUGAGAAGUCCUCCCUGUGGAGGGAGAUGUGCAGCUCUCUGAGGCUGCAGCUUAAGAACCCCUACCUCUGCAUCAUGUUUGCCUUUCUGACCAGUGAGCCUGGAGCCUAUGAUGGCGUGCUGUACGAGAGCAGCGUUGCCGUGAGGGACAGAGUAGCGUUCGCCUGUAUGUUUCUCAGCGAUGCGCAGCUGCCACAUUACAUUGACAAAUUGACCAAUGAGAUGAAGGAGGCGGGAAACCUGGAGGGCAUCCUGCUGACGGGCCUGACUAAAGAUGGAGUGGAUCUGAUGGAGAGCUUUGUGGACCGAACUGGAGAUGUUCAGACGGCUAGCUUCUGCACGCUGAAGGGUUCCCCGGGUGAAGUGUUGAAAGACCCGCGAGUUCAAUGCUGGAUCGAAAACUACCGCAACCUGCUGGACGCGUGGAGAUUCUGGCACAAACGGGCCGAGUUUGACAUCCUCAGAGGCAAGCUGGACCCCAGCUCCAAACCUCUCGCCCAGGUGUUUGUGAGCUGUAACUUCUGUGGGAAGUCCAUCUCCUACAGCUGCUCGGCGAUGCCCCACCAGGGUCGAGGCUUCAGCCAGUACGGGGUCAGCGGCUCACCCACUAAAUCAAAGGUCACCAGUUGUCCCGGCUGCAGGAAACCACUGCCACGCUGUGCCCUCUGCCUCAUGAACAUGGGCACACCUGUCUCCAGCUGCUCAGGACCUGGAAAGUCUGAUGAGAAAGUGGAUUUAACAAGGGAGAACAAACUCUCCCAGUUCAACAACUGGUUCACCUGGUGUCACAACUGUCGACACGGUGGCCACGCAGGUCACAUGCUCAGCUGGUUCAGAGACCACACAGAGUGCCCGGUGUCGGCUUGCACGUGUAAAUGUAUGCAGUUGGACACCACGGGGAACCUGGUGCCUGCAGACAGCAGCUAAACAGGAGACGCGUGUUGGAAACCGAAGCCAAACACGAGUCAGAAGCCAAGCAGUGCAGGCUGACUGCUGCGUGGCCACACCGACCACCGGGCAGAGGACAAAAGGAGUGCCAGCAGAGCCCCCCUUCUCUCAAGUGGCUGCUUGAAUAGAAACAAAUACUGUUAAGUGAUUGUCUAGUGAAUGUCAUGUACUAAUGGAGCCUAUAUGAAAAAGGGAAGAUUACUAAAUAAAAGGCAGAAAGGGAGCAAAUGCUCAUUUACUGCUCUGCUAAUAACAAAAUCACUCUCAGGAGAAAUGUUAGAGGCCUUGCUGUUAUCAGCCUCUCCUGAUCUAACCCGAAUCAGGAUUCUGGUUUUUAGAUAAUCGCUUUGUGGAAAUGUGAUCACAGGUGCCAACAAAUCUGAUUUGUGUUUUAGAAACUUAUUUAAUGUCUUUGUUUUUGAUGACAUACCUCAUGAAAGUUGUGUUUGGGUUAAGAGCCCCCCCCCCCCCCCCCCUCCCCCGGGUGACAACAACAACCAUCUCCUGCUCUCCUUGUGCUGCCACUCCUCAUCUGGCAUUGUGCAGCAGGAGGUGGCUUUGGGGGGGAGGAAUGUGGGAGGGCGCGCCUGUAUUCACCAGCCCACUCCAGACCCGUGGUCUAUGAAAGAAGCUCCCUAGAAAACGGCAGCUGCUCGGCUCUGACAAGACCCUCCAGAUUGUUCCUCAUAAAGAACCUCAGCUGCCGGAACACUAUUGAUUCAAAGAAGAAGGGAGAACAGCCUGAGCCCUGUACACCCCCCUGUUAUGACCAACAGAUAUAAAAACUGUCCCUUUCUUUUAUUCACCCCUCCUCACCGAUUCUUAAAUUGCACCCAGUAUCUAUGCAUACCCCACACCGCUCUCGGGACGGGCGCCAUCUGUGGGGUGACCGUCUUGUGUAAACCACAUUGUAAAUGUUUGCCUCCUUCUGUGCCACCUUCUCCAGCCCAGAGAGUCAUUGUAAGUGAGAGGCGGCCUGCUCCAGAGCUGGCUAAAUCACUUAGUCAUGGGGAGGAGUGGGGGGGAUGCACAGGCGCUACUGUAAGCAGCAUUUAUCAGGACCUGGUGUGGGAGGUUUUCAAGGCCUGCAUGCUCUUUUGUGAACCAUUUCGGAUUGAAGUCGACAAAUUAGGGAGCCGUGUAGCGUGCUGAUAAACAGAGUGGCUGGGUUUUCAUCCUUUCACAGUUUCACGUGUUUGCCUUCAGAAUAAAUCCCUUCUGACAAAUUGGAAAGCUGCUGAACUGGGGUCAUUUCUAUGAGUUUACAUGGUUUGUUUUUACAUUUUGUUUUAUUGACCCACAUUGUUGGUAACAUGUUUACUGUCACCGAAAGUAACCAGGGAAUCCUUGACUAUGCAAACGAACUCCGUUUUAGCUCUAAAUGAAGAUUCUAAAACAAUAGUGGAAAGCAACAAUCUGUUGCAAUUUUCUUUGCAAAUGGACUUUGGUUGUUAUGGGAUAGUUAGUUCUCUGUGUUGGCUUAGAGGCUGAGAUUGAAACUUUGUCUUGCCUUUGGAAACAGCUGUUGACCGACUGUCUCACCACAUUUAUUGGCCAAACAUGUUAAGGCAUAAAAGGAAUUUGACCUGAAUUUCUUGAAACUCUCAAAAACACAUGCAUGAGUGGCUCGGCAGAGCUUAAUGUAACAAUCCAGGGCACUUCAGAUGAAGUGGUUGUGUCUGAUUAAAGGUUCAAAACCCUCAGGUGAGCAUUUUGAAAAGGAUUAUUGUAAAACAGUAGUAACUAUGUUUUUCUUAAAUAGAAUUACAUAUUUCUGAUUUAUUAUAAAAACUAAUCAUAGCGGUGUUAUCAUUGUUACAGAUAAAGUAUGCUAACCCAAUAAGCUCACAUGUAGGACUUUUUUUUGGUUGUCAUACAAAAACUACAUUUAAGCAGACACCAGCAGCUAAAAAGAAUGAACGUUCUAGCAGAGCCAUGAGAGGGCUUAAAACAUCUUUUGUGAACAGUUCACAUGUUUUAAUAAAAUUAGUUUAUUGUUUAGUUAAAAGAAAAAAAAUUGCAGCCGUAAACCAGGUUGCAAUUUGAUUGAAUAAAAGUGUAGUCCAUAUAACUGAGGGCCAAUCAGGGACCUUACUGUACAGUGACUUUGGCCAAUAGGAAGCCAGGACACGAGGGCUUUAGCGCCGCCCACGAGAAAAACUGUCAGUGAACAGGAUGGGGAAGACGCACAAACGGCAAAACACGAAUGAAACGUAGUAAGAAGUAGUAAAAACAACUUGUGAAGUUACUCAUGCCAUGUGUGGAGCUCUCAGCGGUAUGUAAUAGUGCCUUACAG